CUGUAGAUUGUCUCGUUAGUCGAUUAAUUAAUCGAUCGUUUAAUCACACUCGCUGAAUUUUGCGGCAAAACAAGUCAGGAGUAAAAGAAAUUUACACAAUGCAACGACGAGACCCGUAACACAUGACGGCGACCGCACUACUACCGUAAGCAGAAAAACACGGCGGUAGCAGGCAACGGUUUCGAAGCUUUUUCAUCGAAACAUGACACCGUUGUAUCGUUGUAGACGAUACAUUCAUCGUAUGAGUAGUAGCUUAACCACGAAGUGCCGGUGUCAAAUGGCAGCACUAUGUCAACAUAUUUCAUUGGGAAACAUUUGAUUGACGAGUUAAAGGAAGUGCCGUGAGAUUUUAUUGUACAAUUUCAUCAUGAUGGAAGCUGUACAGAAUGAAUCGGUGCAUGAUACGAAUUCUAAUUCCGCAGUCUCGUGCAUCGACGAGACUAACACCGAUGAAUUGUUGAAGGAGAAAGAUGAAUUAUUGUUCGGCGCGGAAGAAGAUGGUGAAGAUGAGGAUGCGCUGUCCGAUGACAGUUUGCGAUUAAGGCUAUCCGACGACGAGGACCCUGAACAGGAAGAUAUUACGAAAAACCAAACGAAUGUUUCGGAAUUUAAGGCGCCAAAUAAAAUUCCCGAACCAUCUAAAGAUAUAAUUACAGAAGAAACUUCAAGCUCUGCUCCACAACAGGUUGUGGAAGAAGAAAUGAAGUCUGGCAGCAAGAAACUAACACCGAAGCAGUCUAAUUCAGCAAUAAAUCUUCAGGAAAAUUCAGCAUUACCCUCAGAAUGUACAUCAGAAAACAAAUUAAUGCAUAAUGAACAUAAUUUGGAAGACAGCACAACUGUAACUAAGUCUAGUGAAAAAUACACGUUGAAUAUAUGUGACAAAGUAAAAAGUGACGAAAUUUUCCAAGUUGCUAACAAUACGGAAAGCAAAAUGCAUUUAAAUCACGUUAAUAAUGAUAAAAGUAUCGUUGAAAUUCAAAUAUUAAAUGACAAUUUUCAAAAAGAAGACAACAACAGUGUGAUAAAAUAUACUUUUAAUUCUGCUAAAGAUAAAAAUGUAAAAAUUAUCGAAGAGGGCAAUGUAUGUGAAAAGCAAGAACUCGAGGAAAAUAUAUCAGAUAAUGAUCGUUUACCUGUCGACAAUCUUGCAGAGACAACUAGUUGUCAAAAUGUAGAGCUAACAAACGACAGUGAGGAUAAACUAAAAGCAACAAUCAACAAAUAUGACGAAAAAGAUUCUGUAGAUACUUGCGGGUUAAAUAACUUGAAUACUGCGGAUGAUUAUGAUGAGCUUAUAUGUUCUGCCAAAAUUAAGAGUAGGAUUUGUAAUGUCGAAAUGUCAACAACUACAGUUAUUCCCGACCAACCCAAUGAUACUUUAACAAUAUUAAUUGACAAUGAGGAAACUAUUACUCAAAAAGGACCGCUGACUGAGAUUAAAGAUGAUCACGAUUCUACAGAUACAAUCAAAACCGAUAGCUCUGAAGACACUUCUUCAUCUUUUAAAUAUUCUAGCAAAAGUAAAGUUAAGACGGAAAACUUAGAACAUGAAAGUGUAACUCGAAGUGCAAACACACCAAAGACGCAAUCAAUAGACACGCUCAUACAACAAGAAAUAACUAUUGCGUUAACAGAAACUCAGAAUGAUGCAAUAGACAAGGCAGAAAUGACGAAUGAAGAUCGUGACGUUAAUAAACCCAUAAGCGAAAUAACAGAUAAUAAUACUACGUCGACAAAAUCCACCUCAUUAACACCAGUUAAUGUGGAAGAUAAUGAGAAUAAAAGUAAUAAUACCGGCACAAUCGUUCAGAGAAGGAAACGAUUGAAAAGAACUGAGAUCUUAGAUAUUAGUGCGGUACAAGAUCGUAUUAAUGAAGAAAAUAAACAAGAAAUAGGGAGCAAUGGACGGCAAAAACGGAGAACUGCGAGGAACGCGGAAGAAAUCAUUAGAAGGAAGUACCUUAAUAGCGACAGUGAUUUUAGCGAUAGCGAUAGCGAAGGACGUAGUGUAACAUUAAGCUCGAAAUCAAGUCAGAAUGUAUCUUCUACAUCGUCAGCGUCAUUGAAGCGUAAUUUUUCGGAGAACGAUGACGGUGUUGUCUUUAAUGGUAUUGUUAAGAAAGUGAGAAUAAGCCCCAACUCUGAAAAAACUAAUGGCUCGAACGACAUCACGAAUCUCUCUUUCGUAGAGAAAUUCAGCCAAAGGAAUGGUAAAGAUAAAUUUCCGAAGCUUACGAACGAGCAAUUGGAAGAGUUGCUCAUCCAAAAGAUCGCGGAGACGAUAACGAUGCGCAGCGAAAUCGGGAUACUUCGUGAACAAGCUCGCAUAUCGGAGAGAAAUCAGGAAGCGAUGCGAACAAAGCUGCAGCAGUUGACGAAACAGGUUAAGGAUUUCGAGAUGGUGUUGAAUCGCAACGCGUUAGACCGCCGUGUAAACCCCGAGAAGACGGCCACGCCUAUUAAAAUCAACAGAUCUGUGGGCCUGCAGGUCAACUUUGUUACGGAACACGGAAUGCAGAAUUUGCGGCAGGUACAGCAAAGCCAGCAAAAGCCCCUCACGAACGCUCCGAAUCCUACCAGCGCUCCAGCUUCUGAACUGGCAACAACUAACAAUACGAAUGUAAAUACAAGUCCAAGGCGUGGAAUCAAAAUAAGAUCGCCUCGACGAUCCGAAACGUCCACUGUUGUACCUUCCGCUCCCACGGUCUCGCAGUGCUCGAUGCAAACUACGCCUCUUGUUUCCACCGUGACACCGGCGGCGUUGGUUGUCGCUAAACCCGUGGACACGCAGCAGACGAUAACGCUGCCUAAUCAGUCUAACAUUCAGCUCUUAUCAGGAAAUAUGUCGCAGCAGCAGCAGAUUCAGCCGCAGACUUACGUUGUAAAUGGUAAAAUCCAGAAUCAAUCCGUGAAUCGUCCGAAUACGACGUUGGUAACUGCGACUACGAAAUCAAGAAGCAGCGACCUUAUCGAUCUUACGGACGAAGAGGAAAAGAAUAAAUCUGCGAAAGUUACUGCCACAUCAACACCUACUUUAAUCGAGCAACUGUCAACGGUCACUACAACGAAACCAAUAUGCUUCCCUAGGGUAAUACAAGCGUUACCGACAAACGUGGCGAUUACAACACAACCGGCUAGUAUAAGAGUGGUACAGCCCAAUCAACCACCACCGACCGCUACUAUCGUGAAUAACGGAGGGCCUCCUAGACUGGCAUAUGUAAUGCAAAGUAGUACAACGAGACAAUUGUUAAUAGCUCAAAAUACUAGUCAGAUACGACCAAUAACUACAUGUAGAGUAACAACGUCGUUUCCAACUGUGGCAUAUAAGACAGGAACCUCAACAAUUGCGAAUGGCACUGUGCGUGUAAUAACUACACCGGCUGUAUCAAAUGUACCAAAUGUCCCGGCAAACAAGGUGAACAUCAGAAGCAAUCCUUCCCGCAAUCUCAGAAUUGGCGCAUCCAAAACUUUGGUUCAACAUCCUGCACCAUUGCCGGAUACUCCAACUUACGCAUUUACUCCUGGCUGGAAACUUCCACCGCCUGCUCCGUCGUUAAAAAUGUCUAAAGUCCCCAACGGCAUAGUAUUAUCCUGGAACGUGCCCCUGACUGAUAAGCAUGCUGAUAUUGUCAGUUACCAAUUAUAUGCGUAUCAAGAAGUCACAGGCGUGUCACCAAACACGUCAUUGUGGAAGAAAGUGGGCGAUGUUAGAGCACUGCCGUUGCCAAUGGCGUGCACCUUAACUCAGUUUUCUGAGGGCAAUAAUUAUUAUUUCGCGGUCAGAGCGGUGGAUACACAUUCCAGAAAGGGACAAUACAGUAUACCUGACAGUCAAAGAUGGCACUUACUUCCUUGCUGAAAAACAAAGUCAAACGUCAGUAUGUUGAUAAAUUUAAUUUACGUAAAUGACAAUCGUCCCAUAAGAAAUCACGUUUAUAAUUUUUUGGUGAUGUGCUAAUAAUUGAUCGUAAGGAAUUUUGUAUGUUUUCUGAAGAUAAUGUCGGCGCGUGCGUCAUCAUACUGUCAAACAUAUUUAUCCUUCUAAAUUAAAAUAUAUAUUCGAACUUAACAACCGUGUUUUUGGCUCUUAAUGGCCUGUUCUAAUUUCUAAAGAUAUAAUAAUUUCACAUCGUCCGAUGAAAAUUCUCCUUAUAUAUAUAUAAUUCUAUAUUAUUUGGCAUUUCCGCACUUUCGUUCGUUAACUAUUUCAACCGUGUGUCGCCCAUAUUCGCCAUUUUCUAACGCUUAAUUGCGAUAUUUUAACAUGUUUACAAUUUCUUGUAUUGUUGCUGGCACGUUGCUAAGCAUGUUUUGCUUUUAUUUUGCUCCACACAUUUAUUCUCAAUCAUAUAGGUACGUGUAUAUCGUUAAUAUUAAUAUUCUAUCAUUAUAUCGUCCAACGGACCGCCACGUCGGUUAAGACGCGAUGAUACUGCAUAGGUGCUUUCCAAGGAAACACGGAGAAACACUGUGUCGCACAAUUGAACACAGUGCAUGGGUGUUUGAUGGAAACAUCUUGAUUUUCGAAACAGCCGCUAGUUGGCGAUAAUGCACGCACGAAUACACCCCACACAGCACACUCCAUCUGCGGGACGUCCUACGGACAUCGUUUUCGGAUAUCGUAAUAAUCAAGAUAUUCUAAGAUAUCCGUGGGAUUUUCAGCCUCUACUAGCCAAUUACGGAACUUGAAACGUCAUUGGUCGUUCCAGGAGCGUUUCAAAUCUACUUAAAAAAAAAAGAGCUAAUAAUUUUAUUGUUAAUUAUAACUUUUAUUUAUAUUGCUCAACUAAAAUUAUUUGCUGUUUGGCAAAAUAUGAAUAUUGUUAAGUUUUAACUACUAUUUUGUUAUCUCAUUCUAAACUUAUAUUUUAUUAUAAUGAACAUGUAUGGGAAAAUUUUCAAAACAACAGAAAUUGUCCCAAGAGAGAAAACGAUUCUUCAGUAUAUAUUUAACGCUACAAAUAUGAAAAUUAUAUGAAAAUUACUGAAAAGUUACUAGCUAUGAUACCGACACAAAUGUUCAACUCUGCUCUACAGCUGCGUUGAUUUGUGUUUUAUUGUGUCGUAAGAAGGCAUUUGUGUCAACACUGUGUUACAUUGUGUCUCUUCUUUGGAAGGUAUCCUAUAUCAUCGGCGGACCGCAAAGUGUUAGUUUCAAAUCAACGAAUGAACGCGAUUCUUUGCAUUCAUUGUUCAGAAGAAUAAUAAGUGAAAUAAGUCUAAAGAAGAAACAUCUAGAAUAAAAUAUAAGUAAAUAAUAUAAGUAAAAUACAAAUUGAACAGUUGCCAAUCGCGCGAAUUUCACUCCCAUAAAUGCUUCCAACUACAUAAUUAGCCAGGAGACGUUUUGCGCGUAGAUGGCCGGCAAAUCACGCGCCAAGAUUGCUCAGCUACGCAAGCAAAACUUUAUCCUAGUUUUGCGUCGUCAUACAGCCACCGAAUGAUUAGUAAAAUUUGCGCACGAUACUCUUAAUAUGAAAACGUAACAAUGCUCGGGUAGGAUCGAAGCACGCGGUGAGAUUGCGCGAGUACAACAAAUGACUUGCGAGCACAACUUAAAAGCUGCGUCAAUAUACCGUUAAAUCACGAUAAAAUGUUAACAGUAUGCUAAUCAAUUUGCACGAGAUUUACUGGUGUAUAACAUAACACGUAGCCUGUCAAUUUGCAUACAAUAUACACAUGACUGGACAUAUUUCACGAACGAAAACGUAGACAAGUCUUGUGCAAAGCUCGCAGGCGUAACUGACACAAGGUUUGCGUGAAAGAAUUGUUAUGUGCAUUGAGAAAAAAACAUCUAAAAACAAACGAAUUUCUUCGAUGGGUCUUUACACGAUAUUUACUUAAAUUCUCUUUAUUUAAACUGAGUAAAUAAAUAAUACUCGAUUUAAAUACAGUGAAUUUAGGUUUAAGUAAAUAUCGUGUAAGAACCCAUCAAUAGAAAUAUAAAUUUGUUUUUAGAUAAUUUUCCUCUCGGUGCGGGUAGUUGCAUACACGUAUCGUUGUGUGUGACCUUUUUAACUCGAUUCUGUGUAUAUUCUUCUAAAAUAGACAAUUUACGUUACAAUAUAACUAUAUACGGUUAUGAUUUCUCAGCUAUACAUUAACGAACAUCGAUGGGAUUGUCUUCAUUCAAGCUAUGUCUUUGUUUUGCACUUCUUCAUGAUUUACUACAUUUAACAAGUAGCCGUAGCGCGUAGAACAGAGAAUUCUAGUCGAAAGGUUUUGACGAGUUUCUCAACAUCUUCAAAUAAUGGAAAAUAUUACACAAAGACUUACGGAAGGGAGCGUUGACAAUGUACAGGAAAACAGAAAACAUUCUGCGCAUGGAUAUCCACACUCGUUGUUCUCUCGUAUCGAAAGAUUAAACGCCAACUACGUAUAAUUAUUAUUUUAAUUCGCGCUUAAACUCGUGAUGAUACUCGAUGCUGGUCUUUUUUCCAGCAAAUGAUUGCACGAGUCUCUACUAAAGUCUCUUGUUCUGAAUAAUUUGCUCAAUUUUUAUACAAUUUUGAAUUCGGGGUGUACUAUGUAUUUAUAAUACUAUAUAUUUGUAGGAUAACAAGUGUGAAAACAAGAUGUGUAUUGUACGACGAGCUCGUGAAUGUAAAUAUUAACGUAAUGUGUAAAUCGUUGUGUUAUCUAGGUCAAAAAGCAUAAUUAGGAUACUAUUAAAUUACGAUAAGCUUUACUUUUACUUGUAAUAAUUAUUACAAUGAUUCUUACUUUUAUUUGUAGUGAGACCUGUUGCGGCGUCGAAUUACCUAGAGAGAGAGAGAGAGAGAGAGAGAGAGAGAGAGAGAGAGAGAGAGAGAGAAUGAUAGCGAAAAUAUAUGUUGAUUUUUUAAAAGAUAUGUAGUGCGAAAUUUUAUAUAUAUAUAUAUGUAUGAAUUUUAUUUGUAACUGCGUAUAAACGGGGAAAAGAAAUUUUCCUGUUCCAGCAAAAUCCGUUUCCUCCGUGUACCGUUAUUCUUCGCAACUUGUUUCCGCUAUUUUUCAGUGCCGUUUAAAGAUGCCUCGCCGGAAGUUCUUGUAUUGGCCAGCGAGAGAUUUCUCGAGGAUGCCACGAAUACACUGCGAGCGAUCCACUAAUAUAUUAACAUCGAUCUUGUUUUGUACUUGUAUGAGAAAUAAA